AGCAGAGAGGAGCAGCGGGGUCACUGUGGCACAACUUGGGACUACAGGGACUAGUUUUGGGCCGCACGGCGAUGCUGCUGCUAAGAAGACACUCGGCUGUUUAUGUAGCACUUUUAUUUUUGCUGGACUCAACCUUCACAUCUGCCUUCAACCUUGACACCAGUCAUGUUAUCAGGAAAGAGGGAGAGCCGGGGAGUCUGUUCGGCUUCUCCCUCGCCAUGCAUCGGCAGCUAAAACCAGAUAAAAGAAUGCUGUUGAUUGGUGCCCCCAGAGCCAGAGCUUUACACAACCAGAGAGCCAACAUCACAGGAGGCCUUUAUAAAUGUGAAAUCACUCAAUCCAAUAACUGUGAGCGCAUUGAAUUUGAUAAUGAAGAGGACAUUCGUAUCGAGAACAAGGAAAACCAGUGGAUGGGGGUGACGGUCCAGAGCCAGGGACCUGGAGGGAAGAUCGUGACCUGUGCUCAUCGCUACCAGAGGCGCUUGUUUGUGAACACGGCCCAGGAGUCCCGUGACAUUACGGGGCGAUGCUACGUUCUGAGUCAGGACCUGACCAUCGACACCUCCUCCGAUGAAGACGGGGGCAACUGGAAGUUCUGUGAGGGCAGAGCCAGGGGCCACGAGAGGUUCGGAUCCUGCCAGCAGGGUCUGGCUGCCACCUUUACCAAGGACUACCAUUACGUGGUGUUUGGAGCACCAGGAGCGUACAACUGGAGAGGCGUUGUACGUGCAGAGCAGAAGAACAACACUUUGCUGGAAAUGGGAUUUUAUGAUGACGGGCCUUAUGAAGUUGGAGAUGAGAACCUGCUGGACCCCGACCUCGUGCCUGUGCCUGCCAACAGCUACCUGGGAUUUUCCCUCGAUUCGGGACACAGCAUCACCAAGAGCCGUGGCUUAACAAUUGUGGCUGGAGCGCCCAGAUCCAAUCACAGUGGAGCCGUGGUGCUGUUGAAGAAGGAAAGCGAAACCUCCACUCGACUCUCCCCUGAGUACGUUCUGCAGGGGCCGGGACUCGCCUCUUCCUUCGGAUAUGAUGUGGCUGUAGUUGACCUGAAUGGUGAUGGAUGGCAAGACAUCGUUGUUGGAGCUCCUCAGUUCUUCAUGAAGGACGGGGACGUCGGAGGGGCUGUUUAUGUCUAUAUCAACCAGGCGGGCAGGUGGGACAAGGUCACUCCUGUCCGUCUGAACGGAACCAAAGACUCGAUGUUCGGACUGGCGGUGGAGAACAUCGGAGACACAAAUCGGGACUCUUACGAAGAUAUUGCCGUGGGAGCUCCCUAUGAUGACGGCGGGGCGGGAAAAGUCUACAUUUAUCAUGGCUCGGCGCAAGGGAUCAACACCAAGCCUGCACAGAUCCUUUCAGGAAGACAAAACAACAUAAGAUUAUUUGGAUACUCUCUGGCAGGAAACAUGGACUUGGAUAGUAACUCUUACCCAGAUCUGGCUAUAGGCUCUCUCUCAGACACAGCUUUCAUUUACAGAGCACGGCCAGUCAUUAGCAUCAAAAAAGAUGUCAAAAUAACUCCGAGGGAAAUUGACCUUACAAAGAAAACCUGUGGAAACAGCAUUUGUUUCACUGUGGAGGCAUGCUUCACCUACAAAGCAAACCCUGCGUCUUACAGUCCAAAAUUAACUAUCAGCUUUUCUCUUGAGGCAGAGAAGGAGCGAAGGAAACAAGGGCUGCUGUCCAGAGUGAUGUUCCUGAACAAGUCCCGCAGUGACAAAGACUAUGAGUUUUCUGGCACGCUGGACCUCCGUGGCCAGAACAAGAAAGCAUGCAUCAAGACCAAAGUGAAGCUGAAGGACAACAUUAAGGACAAACUGCGCAGCAUUCCCAUCGAGGUGUCCGUGGGAAUUGUGGGUACCAAACGCCAGAAGAGACAGAAUGCUCUUCCUCAGCUUGUGCCCAUAUUGGACUCCUCGCAAGCCAGUAAAGUUGUCACUGAGGUCAACUUCUUAAAAGAGGGAUGUGGAAGUGACAAUAUAUGCCAGAGUAACCUGCAGUUGCAGUACAAAUUGUGCUACAAAGAAAACAACCAAGAUGUCUUCCCCCCACUACCCAUUGAGAACGGCGUGCCUGUGUUUUCUUUGAAUGACCAGAAGAAGGACCUGGCUCUGCAGGUGACGGUGAAGAACAAGAACGGAGACGACGCCCAUGAGGCCAAACUAGUGGGGACGUUUCCAGACACUCUCUCCUAUUCUGGAUUCCGCUCACAUAAAACAACGAAGGAAAAACGAAUCAUCUGCAUUGCCAAUCAGAACGGCUCUCAAGCAGACUGUGAGCUGGGGAAUCCGUUCAAGAGGGACUCAGAGGCUACAUUCUACAUCAUCUUGAGCACGGUGGGCAUACCCCUCGACACCACAGAGAUCGACAUUGACCUUCAGCUGCAAACGACCAGUGUCCAAGAGCAGAUUGCCACUGUGAAAGCAAAGGCUAAAGUGGUCAUUGAACUGUCUCUGUCAGUCACAGGGGUAGCAAGACCUUCGCAGGUUUAUUUUGGAGGCACUGUGAAAGGAGAGAGCGCCAUAAAGACAGAGGAUGAGAUUGGCAGUUUGAUUAAUUAUGAAUUCAGGAUAAACAACUUGGGGAAGCCGUUGAAGUCCUUUGGCACAGCCUCACUGAACAUUCAGUGGCCCAAAGAGAAUGUGGACGGGAAGUGGCUCCUGUACCUGGUGAAGAUCACCACCACGGGCCUGGAGGACGUCCCCUGCUCCCCUGAAACUGAGAUCAACUCUCUCAAACACAUUCAGGAGUCCUCUGUGAUCAGGACAAAACGAGAAACCGGAGAGAGGAAAACAUCUGGUACCAGGAUUUCUUCACUACUAGAGCAAAGAAAACGUAAAGUUUUGAUGUGCGGGAACGGGUAUGAUGCCAGAUGUGUGGUGAUCAAGUGCCCCCUACAGGAUUUAGACAGUACAGCAGUGAUUGCUCUCAGAUCCCGUCUGUGGAACUCAACCUUCCUUGAGAAUUAUGCUUCUUACAACUACCUUGAUAUAAUUGUGAAGGCAUCGCUCAGGCUUGACACUCCUGCUAAAAAUAUGAUUCUGAAAAACGCUGAGACUCAGGUGAGAGUGACGGUGUUCCCGGAGAAGACCGUCGCGCAGUACGGCGGCGUUCCCUGGUGGAUCAUACUGGUUGCUGUUCUUGCUGGCAUCUUGAUGUUGGCCCUGCUGGUGUUUCUGCUCUGGAAGUGUGGAUUCUUCAGGCGCUCCAAGCGUGAUGAGUGUGUUCCUCGCUACCACGCCGUACAGAUAAGAAAGGAAACUCCACAGCACAAAGAUGGAAAAGUCAAGCUCGACCCUUUUGAAAAAAAGCAAUGGAUCACAACUUGGAGUGAGAAUGAGAGCUACUCGUGAAACAUUUCACUGCUGAAAUGAUUUGUAGACAGGGAUCACUGUAAAUGUUGCCAAGUUGCAAAUCCACUGAUUUUUUUUUAAUGUUCAUUUAGUGAACAUGAUGCUCAGUAUUUUUUUUUUUGUUGUUUUUUUGUAGAUAAUCACUGUGCUUACUUUGAAUUAGUCUGAUCAAAAUUAUGUCUUUGAAUUUGGCAAUGUAUAGAGACAAAAUGUUGUAACUUUUGUAUAUAUUUAAAUACGGAAGCACACUGUAUAUUUAUUUUUUGUUAAAACCGAUUUCAUUUAGCCAAAGAGUUUUUUUCUGUCUUAAGGCUGCUUUUGACUGGAACAAUAACGGGCAAAGUUUACUACUGUCUUUCAGGAGUUGCAUGGUCCUUAAUAAGAAGUAGCUACAGGUUGUAAGAGCCUCAGACUCUCUCCUUACACGUGACAAAAUGGUGUACAAAUUAUUUAAAUAGUUGCAUGGCACAGCAUUCAGUUUCUUCCACAAGUCUAUGCAAAGAAGGUCCACCAAACUCCUUGCUGAUAUUUGUAUUGACUAAGAUAGUCUGUUCAGCAGCCUGUAAUAUGAAUGUAAAGCAAUCUAUUUUUUGAUGUUGGUGUUUGAUGUUAACCUUUACAUAUUUUUGUUUGGGAGUACCGAAACAAAAACCUCAAAGGAAACAAAAGUCAGGCUAUUUCACUUGUUUGUUGGAUGAUGCUUUGGUACAUAAUUACUUCACAAUAAUGAAACGUAGAUGGGACCUGACCUUCUGUAUGUAACUGGAAACAAACAUGUGGUCUAACUCUUACUCCGCAUGGAAAAAAGGAUACAUUCUUCACCUCUUCAUCCCAUUAUGGCAUUCAGGUAGCAUCCACUGUGUGUAGUUACUGAAGUAAGAAUGACUUGUGUUUGUCUUUCUACUUAAUAAAUCCAAAGGGAAGAUAGAGAAAAGCAACUGAAACGUAUGGCUGACUUGAAAAUUAUGAUUCAAAAUGAUUAUUUCGUGUUUGAGAUGUUGGAGGAAAUAAAAUUGCCUACAAAAAAUUAAAGCACAUUUGGGGAAAUUCUU